AUGGCCACAAACGGCGUUAACGGCAACCAUGCCAACGGCACCAACGGUGUCAAGAACAACAACAGCAAAUUCGACCCCAACUUCACACAACAUGUCAUCGACCUCAUGAGCCCCGAGACCAAGCCCCGCCACAGAGAGAUUCUCAGCUCCCUCAUCAAGCAUCUCCACGACUUCUGCAGAGACGUCGAGCUGAAGCAGGACGAGUGGGUCCUCGGUGUUAACUACAUCAACUCCAUCGGCCAGGCCUACCAGAAGAACCGUAACGAGGCAUGGAGAGUGUGCGACAUCCUCGGAAUCGAAUCUCUCGUUGAUGAGAUUAACCACAAGAUUGUCACCGACUCGGGCGCCUCUCCCACCUCCUCCACCAUCCUCGGCCCCUUCUGGUCCCCCGAAACCCCCUUCCGCGACCUCGGCGCCAGCGUCGUCCAGAACAUGCCCAAGGACGGCCAGCUCACAAAGUUCCACGGCACCAUCUUCGACGUCGAUACCGGCAAGGGAAUCCCCAACGCCGUCUUCGACAUGUGGCAGGCCAGCACCAACGGCAAGUACGACGUCUUCGACCUCGAGAACCAGACGCGCCACAACCUGCGCGGCAAGUUCCGCACCGACGAGAACGGCGACUUCUGGUUCUACUGCCUCAAGCCCACCGAGUACGCCAUCGACACAUCCGGCCCCUCUGCCGACCUCCUCAAGAUUAUGGGCCGCCACCCCUACCGCCCCGCCCAUAUCCACAUGAUGGUCACCCACGACGACUACGUCGGUGUCACCGCCCAGCUCUACCCCCGCGACGACCCCUACCUCGAGACCGACACCGCCUGCGCCGUCAAGCCCGAUCUCCUCCUGGACUUUGUCCCCGUCGAGAACGAGCCCAACGGCGCCGUGCUGGACGUCAAGUACGACGUCCGCCUGGUGUCCAAGAAGUACAAGCCCGACGCCCAGAUGUUCAAGCAGAACGCGAACCAGAACAAGUUUGAUUAA